AUGCCAAAAUCACGCAGGAAUAAACUCGUUUCGCUCACAGAGACUGAGAAGAAGACUAGAGAGCACAAGGAGGCUCUGGUUGAUCUGAUACGACAAGCGGCAGACGAUAACAAAUAUUGCUGGAUUAUUGAGGCUGGUGAUAUGCGUAACUCCGGCUUGAAAGAUGUUCGUGCGGCUUGGAAAGGCACCGGAAGGUUAUUCUUCGGGAGGUUGAAAGUCAUGGCAUUAGCGCUAGGCACAACGCCGGAAACGUCUCACAAACCAGAACUUUACAGGCUUUCAGAGCUACUGACUGGCAGCGCUGGUUUGUUUUUUACUAAUUGGGAUGAGAAGGAGGUGAAGGAGUGGUUUGAUGACUUUUCUAAGCCAGAUUUUGCAAGAACUGGGAAUGUAGCAACAUCCACGGUGGAAUUGGAUGAAGGGCCAGUCAUUCACAGACCAAGUGGUGACACUCUCCCUCACACCCUCGAACCAGCUCUGCGCAAACUUGGUCUGAGCACAUCAUUGUUAAAGGGUGUACCCACACUGCUCUCUCCUCACACAAUAUGCAAAGAGGGACAAACCCUCAGCGCAGAACAGGCUCAGAUACUCAAACACCUCGGUAUCAUGAUGUCUACAUUCAAAUUACAAGUCAAGGCGUACUGGAAUGAAGGGAAUGCUGGUGAAGGCGAAAUACAAGUUUUAGAUAAAGAUGUGCAAAUGUCGUAA